AUGCGACAUCCGAAGGGCCGAAGAUUCGUUGGAGAUGUUCAAGUCGAAAGGGACUUUUUAGAUUUAUUAGAGACGUUUGAAGUAGCUCUUUCUGAAGAAGCUGCAAACAACGAAAUCCAAAAUUUACAAAACUCAUUAGACUUAGGAAACAUGAAUUUCGAAGAAUCUGCAAAUUUAGAAGCUGUAAAUUCCCAAGAGUCUACAAAUUCAAGGGCGGAAAAUUUUCAAAGACCUGCAAAUUCAAUGAUAGCUAUUUCCCAAAGACCUGCAAAUGUAGAAGGAACAAACUUCCAAGAACCUGCAAUUUUAGCAAAUAAUGGAUCAAGGUCAAACUCCUCAAGUCCAGUUAGAGUUACAUACGUAUACUCUCGGCGAGGAAAAAAAUUAGUGUUAACAGAAUCAGGAUUCACUUAUUGCUAUCACGCGACACAUAGACAGAACAAGAUGCACUGGGUCUGUUCAACUCAUUAUUCAAGAGGAUGCAGGGCUGAUGUGCGAAUUCAGGGAGAUAUCAUAUUAGAAGAAAAGAACACACAUAAACACCGACCGAGAACUGUUAAUUGGCUGAACGAGAGACCGAUGAAUUAUCUAAAUGUUAGUGCACCACCAAUACAUACUGCUGAGCCAACUGCGGGUACUUCUAACGGUCAUUAA